AUGUAUAUCCAAUUGUCGACUGAGACCAUACUGACGUCAUUGAUUUUGGUGUCACGUGUUUGGUCCCGGCCGUCUGGUGCCCAGUGUGGAGGCCAGCGAGGGGAAGGGCACAAGUGGUUUGAUGGCUGCCAAUGGUGUGUUUGCCAACAUGGCAGAUCGACGUGCACCUCUUCGGAUUGUUCCAUUAUUUCUUCACAACUCCCAGCCUGUCACGGUAAUGGAUCCAGCUGGCUGGAUGGCUGCUACUCCUGCAAGUGUGACCUCAAAACGAUAGAAUGCACUCCGGACAAAGCUUGCCUUCGGCUAGUCCACAGACAUGGCCUGGAGACAGACGCUACGGAGAACGGGGCUUGUGAGCAACCAGCGGACGAGCAAUGUAUCCGUGGAAUCGAUGGGGUCCCAUCUUGCAAAGCCGAGGUUAUUGAUAGGGAUGCACUUCCGGCGGUCACUGCUGAAUUAAAUCCUUUAUUCACAUCGUCAUCAAGUUCAAAACAACAUUAUGGGAAAACGGAAGGACGUUUAACAAACAAAGAAAUUCUCAAACUUGUUUUUGAUUCAGAAAGAAAUAGGAUUGCUUUGAGUAGACAAGUUUUUGGCCACCAUACUGGCGGUCAUUCUGUGCUUAAACCAGGCCAAAGUGCUAAAUCAAGUGGUCAAACAAUCUCUGAAGUUAAAGGGGCGUCGCUAUUGGUUGUUAAGGCAGAUCGUUGCAGAUUGGGAGAGAGAUGGUACGGGGGUAGUCUACGGUGCUACUGCGGAAAGGACAACUCCAUUACCUGUGGUGACCCCAGCUUCGUGGUCUCCAGAAUUGAUGGCUUUAGACUGGUUACUGGCGAUUGUGUAGAAGGUCAUGCUUGGGAGGACAAGGAAUCGUGUACAGUGUGUAAAUGCCAGAACAAUGGACUCGCUUUCUGCAGCCGGUCGCCAUCUUGUCCUCUGCCUUUUAUUGUCAAGACUCUACCCUUGGAUACAGACGCAGAUAGAAACUUUGAAAUCGUAAAGCGUGACCAACAGCUGGACGAGGAAAGUCAAUUCGCUGGGGAGGGAGAACAUAAUUUAGUAUGGAACAAACGUGCGGAACAAAUGUUAGGAUAUUCUCGUGAAGGGAGAGAGCUGACUUUGGAUAAAACAAACAAGGCAACUGGUGAUUUUAACAUCCCCAAAAGUAAAAGAACUUUAGAUCAACAAUGGUUCGAAGAAAAAUCGACAAUCAAUUAUGAUGAUGUUGUCGAUGGGUCUGGAGACAGUAAUCUUCCAGCAACAGCAACUACUUGGGCUGAAGAUGGUGAUAUGAAGACAACAGAUAUUCAAGUCAGCACUACUACAAGUCGCCGUGCCAUUCCUAUAACCAGCGAAGGAAGUACAAAGACGGUUACAAAUCCAAAUUCUUCCUUAUACGAAAGUUUGACGGCCAGUAUAAGAGCAGCUACUGGUAAAUGCACACCAAGAACGACAUGGGUUGAGCGGGGUUGCAAUCGGUGCGUCUGCAACAGCCAAGGUGACAAAAAAUGCAACGACAGCAGGUGUCGUACAUCAACAACAGCACCAUAUACCACAAGCACAGAGAUAACAACCAACUGCAUCGGAAAUAAUCCCCGCUGUCGACCAAUGAUUCGACCGCCUCCAGAGCAUAUCUGGAAUCGUACGCAACCAAUCGUGCCCAGUAAUCCCCCUGGGUUGCUAGACUGUGGUCGGUUUAAGCCUGGGGAGAAAUUCUGGGAAGACUGUAAUCUGUGCGAGUGUACAACGAGUGGACCCCUGUGUACAGCGAAAAACUGCUCAUGA